AUGAAAUACGGACUCAUUACUGGUCUUGGUUUCAUCCACUACCUUGUAGGUGCUGUUGAUGCCUUGACUGUGACUGAGAACACAAUUUUGGACUCCGGCGAUAACAUCGAGUUCAACGGUCUUAACGUUGCAGAUGGUGCUUACUACUCUGUGAUUGAUGGCUCUGUUGUCUCAACUGAGGGAGACAUUGACAUUAAAAGUGAAUGGUACGUGACUGGUAGUGACUCUUCUGCCAGUGUUAAGUACGACGGUGAGGUUUUCCUCAAUGACGGUGUUGUUGCCUUCAACUCCUUGAACCAAACUGAAGGUCAAUCUUCCUACGAACUUACUCCAAACACUUUCGUUAAUACAGGUGAUUUGUAUUUGGGUGUUGGAGAGGGCAGUGAUGAUGGUUCCGAUAUCAGUGCUCGUACAUUCUACAACCCAUUCAUUCUUAAGUCUCGCGACUACUGGUCUAACACUGGUAUGAUUUCUAUGUGCAGUAGAUCCAAAGAGCCUUGUUACGCCAAGAUUGGCUGUGGAAGCGGAGUUGAGAAUCACGGUUCCAUUUGUUUGGACAACACUGUUUGGUCUCUGUCUCAACAAAUUAAGGGUUCUGGAUGUAUUUACGUUGGUGGUUCCUCCACCUUCAAGAUGCAAGAUUCGUCUUCUCUGAUUGACCUCGCCCAGACCGUUUAUCUUUCCGGUUCUGACUCUGUUUUGCACUUGGAGAACCUUGAUCAGAACUCAUAUGGUGCAAAGGAAUAUAAAGUCAGAGGUUUCGGUGAUGGUAACGAAUUGCGUUUCGGCUGCAACUAUGAUAAGCACUCUUAUGACCAAAACACUGGUAUUUUGCAAGUCAUUAUCAACAAGCUGUGCAUUGUUAAGGUCGAUAUUGGUAUUGGCUACUUCUUCUCUGGCUUCGAGAAGAGGCAAAAUACUCUUUGCUACAAGCCUAAGCCACCUCACAGCUGUCCUCCAGUCUGUAAAUGUAAACCUGUCUUCCCAAAGCCUCCUGGAUGCCACCCCAAGCCACCAAAGCCUUCCUGUUCUUCUUCCAGUUCUGUGAAGCCAUCCUCUAGCUCUGUCAAGCCAUCUUCCAGUUCUGCUAAGCCAUCUUCCAGUUCCGUGAAGCCAUCUUCCAGCUCUGUGAAGCCAUCUUCUAGUUCCGUGAAGCCAUCUUCUAGCUCUGCUAAGCCAUCUUCCAGUUCCGUGAAGCCAUCUUCCAGUUCUGCUAAGCCAUCUUCCAGUUCCGUGAAGCCAUCUUCUAGCUCUGCUAAGCCAUCUUCCAGCUCUGUCAAGCCAUCUUCCAGUUCUGCUAAGCCAUCUUCUAGCUCUGUGAAGCCAUCUUCCAGUUCCGUGAAGCCUUCCUCUAGCUCUGCUAAGCCUUCCUCUAGCUCUGCUAAGCCAUCUUCCAGCUCUGUCAAGCCAUCUUCCAGCUCUGCUAAGCCAUCUUCCAGCUCUGUCAAGCCAUCUUCCAGUUCUGCUAAGCCAUCUUCCAGCUCUGCUAAGCCAUCUUCCAGCUCUGUGAAGCCAUCCUCUAGCUCUGCUAAGCCAUCUUCCAGCUCUGUUAAGCCAUCUUCCAGUUCUGCUAAGCCAUCUUCCAGCUCUGCUAAGCCAUCUUCCAGCUCUGCUAAGCCAUCUUCCAGCUCUGUCAAGCCAUCUUCCAGUUCCGUGAAGCCUUCCUCUAGCUCUGCUAAGCCAUCGUCUAGUUCUGUGAAGCCAUCUUCCAGCUCUGCUAAGCCAUCUUCUAGUUCCGUGAAGCCUUCCUCUAGCUCUGCUAAGCCAUCUUCCAGUUCCGUGAAGCCAUCCUCUAGCUCUGCUAAGCCAUCGUCUAGUUCUGUGAAGCCAUCUUCCAGUUCUGCUAAGCCAUCUUCUAGCUCUGUGAAGCCAUCUUCCAGCUCUGCUAAGCCAUCUUCUAGUUCCGUGAAGCCAUCUGGAUCGUCUAGUGCUCCAUCUUCCAGCUCUGUGAAGCCAUCUGGAUCCUCGAGUGCUCCAUCUUCCAGCUCUGUUAAGCCAUCUGGAUCUUCUAGUGUUCCAUCCGGAUCCUCUUCUGUUCCAUCUGGAUCUUCUAGUGUUCCAUCUGGAUCCUCUUCUGUUCCAUCUGGAUCUUCUAGUGUUCCAUCUGGAUCCUCUUCUGUUCCAUCUGGAUCUUCUAGUGUUCCAUCUGGAUCAUCUAGUGUUCCAUCUGGAUCCUCUUCUGUUCCAUCUGGAUCUUCUAGUGUUCCAUCCGGAUCCUCUUCUAUUCCAUCUGGAUCUUCUAGUGUUCCAUCUGGAUCCUCUUCUGUUCCAUCUGGAUCUUCUAGUGUUCCAUCUGGAUCCUCUUCUGAAUCAUCUAUCGUUCCAUCCUCCACUUCUGAAGCAUCCUCUAUCGUUCCAUCCUCGACUUCAGAGGUCUUUUCUUCGUCUCUUGAGCCAACUUACCGGUCUUCCCUGAGUUUCACUGGAUACCACAACACCUCUUCCACGAUUGUACCAAGCGGUAGCGGUGAAUCAUCUACCCAGAUUCCAGGUCCAACCUCCCAAGGUCCAGUUCCAACUACUCAAGGUCCAGGUCCAUCUUCAACUGUUGUGACUUCCUUCACUUCGUUCACCACUAUUGUGACUCUCACUUCUUGCGAGAAGAAGGUCUGUACCCCAGUUACUUCCACAUUUACCAUUAAGACCGCCACUACCGUGACUGUCCCAUGUGACACUACCACUGCCACUCCAACCACUAUUACUCCAGGUACUCCAGGUACUCCAGGUACUCCAGGUACUCCAGGUACUCCAGGUACUCCAGGUACUCCAGGUACUCCAGGUACUCCAGGUACUCCAGGUACUCCAGGUACUCCAGGUACUCCAGGUACUCCAGGUGCUCCAGGUGCUCCAGGUGCUCCAGGUUCCGGUUCCGGCUCUGGUUCUGGUUCUGGCUCUGGUGCUCCAGGUGCUCCAGGUUCCGGUUCUGGCUCUGGUUCUCCAGGUGCUCCAGGUGCUCCAGGUGCUCCAGGUGCUCCAGGUUCCGGCUCUGGCUCUGGCUCUGGUUCUGGCUCUGGCUCUGGCUCUGGUUCCGGCUCUGGCUCUGGUUCCGGCUCUGGUUCUGGUUCCGGCUCUGGUUCUGGCUCUGGUUCUGGCUCUGGUUCUGGCUCUGGUUCUCCAGGUGCCCCAGGUGCUUCAAGUGCUCCAAGUGCUCCAAGCUCCAGCCCAGCUCCAUCAAGUGCACCAACCGUUCCAAUCGGUAACUCAGGUUCUACUGUCAAGUACAGUUUUGCCUUGGCUCUUGUCAGUUCGUUGCUCUUAUUGUAA